GCGACACUGUGGUGCCCUGUACUCGUUUUGUGCUCUUCAAGACAUAGGUACUGUAAGUGGCGGUUUGUUGUCUGUCGUUCGUAGCCUGUAGUCUGUAGUCGUUUGUAUGUUGCGCGUGGACCUGGUUGCUGGGGCCAUGGGCUCAUUUGAUCCUCCACGCCCGCCGAUAUCUAUUAUGACAUCUUUAAACCCAUAAAUCAGUGGCCGGCGGCUGAAGGACCUACGCUUGACCCAUAAAGUCCGUAUAGACUGCCUACCGGUGUAGUGUAGGGUAUAGGUUGUGCGACCUCUGGAGCUGUAUACAAGUCCAUGUAUGCGGACCUGCAGCGCCAUCUGCACGCGACGGCCGCUCUGUCGGCGCUUUCGACGAGGAUUAUGAAAGCUAUUAUUGCACAAUCGUGCAGUCGGCGAGUACCUAGGCAUGUCUACACCUUGCAAGCCAAACCGUACGGUGCGCGGGCGCGUUGUUGCUGCUCUGCACCGAACCGAGGGGUUGCAAGCCCACGCGAUGUAGAUCGUGCGGAAACCUGUGGGCCGUGGCCCGACAGACGCAAACGACGGCUACUCACUGUUGGACCGCUGCCUCUUUCAUCAUCACCGGUUUUCCCAUCCACGCUAUCCUGGCAUCCCUCCCCUCUUCUCUCUCUACUCUCUCUCUCUCUCUCUCAACUUUUGCCCAAUCUAUUCACGACAUCCCGCCCUUGUCCUUUGUCGAUACGGGGGCGCCAGACCACUAUCGUACUCUGCUGGGGUCGACAGCAGCCACAAACUCAUGUCAUCAGCCUCACUUACGGAUUUCAUGCACCUGUGUAUGCUGAUAUCACGAAGUGCCGCCUGUAUACACGUCCAGGUGACGGGCUCUGAUCUGCCUUCGUACGCAUGCACCGCACGGCACAAUCCACAGGGCAUUCUCCAUCGGACGAUGUUCGCAGGAAGAAGCUUGAUGGUCCAGCUUCAAACUAGAUGUGCUCACCUAGACAUUC